AUGUCAAAGCUGUCAUUCAGGGCGCGAGCGCUCGACUCAACCAAACCGAUGCCCGUCUUCAGGGCCGAAGAGGUGCCCGAUUUGCCCGACUUUGCGGCCAUCAAUCGGGCCGUACCUCAGAUGCCCACCGGUAUGGAGAAGGAGGAGGAAUGCGUGAGUGAAGACACCACUACCACAACAAUAACAAUGACCGCCAAUUGGCCACCACUUGUCAACGGAUCCGCGCAACCCGUGCCCACUCGCGUACAUGUCUUAAGGCGACGGUUGCGCGGAGUCGAACAUCACCUCCAGAGGGCUAUAUCGGCGCAACAGGCGUUUGGCCACACCGUCGAGCACGUGAUCCCAACGCCCGAAGUGUAUCCAUCGCUUGAGAAGGAUUACGACGAACUCUAUCCGCCAAACUAUAAGAUCCCGCGCCAAAUGAUUCACAUGCAACUGUUGGCCAUCGAACAGGACAUCCCUGACUACGACAUGGACUCGGAGGACGAACAGUGGCUCAGUCUGCAGUCCAAUCAGAUAGCGUUGACAUCACUCAAGUUCGAGGAGAUAAUGGAAAGGCUGGAGAAGAGUAGCGGACAACACGUCGUGACACUCAAAGAGGCAAAACUGUUGCUCAAAGAGGACGACGACUUGAUUAUCGCUGUCUACGACUAUUGGCUCAACAAACGACUCAAAACACAACAGCCUUUGAUCCCAAUCGUGAAGUGCGAGAAGAGGGACGGCUCGACCGGAAACAACCCGUACGUCGCCUUCAGGCGCAGGACUGAGAAAAUGCAAACCCGAAAGAACCGCAAGAAUGACGAAACAUCUUAUGAGAAAAUGUUGAAAUUGAGGCGCGAUCUGAGCCGUGCUGUGUAUGUCNGCUCGACCGGAAACAACCCGUACGUCGCCUUCAGGCGCAGGACUGAGAAAAUGCAAACCCGAAAGAACCGCAAGAAUGACGAAACAUCUUAUGAGAAAAUGUUGAAAUUGAGGCGCGAUCUGAGCCGUGCUGUAAAUCUAUUAGAUUUUGUAAAACAUAGGGAAAAGUUAAAACGAGAACAUCUCAAGUGUUCGGUCGAUGUCUAUGAGAAACGAUACCAAAUGGGAGACUUUAGCGGACAAAUCAUUAGCGAAGUAUCAGCGCUUCGGCACAUAAGGCCGUCGUCUACCUAUUUGUCGCUCAAUAAUCAGAGCGCGAAAAUGGCUGAACGAGGUGUCGGUCGGCCGAGGGUUCGGAAUGAAGAGCACUCUCAGCCCCGACGUAAACGUGUCUAUAAACGCCGUGAUAAACGGGAUGAGCCAUCCAUUACUCCGGUUCGCGUCGAAGUUCAUGACAACGAUUACGUGUUUAACAGUUCCGACGACGAGGCGGACAGCACUUCGCCUAUCGCUGACCAGAUGUCGGAUCAGGAGGAACAGGAAGAUCCCGACGGAAUCUACGCUUUCAAACGGAAGAGAGGCUGUAGUUAUUACGCGCCACUCAUCGAUAGGUUAGGUAACUGGCCCUGGGCU